UUGUCUCCAGCAUGAAGCUUAAUCUUCAGUCAGGCAUCCAGCUCACUUUCCUGGUCCUCUGCUGCACACUUGUAGCAGUGCGAGUGUCAGGCAGCCCGUUUGUCCCAGGAAGAUGUUUAUGUCCUGAGACACAAAAUGCUGUCAGAGGGCAGCUGAAAGACCUGGCAGUCUUGCCCAAAAGCCAUAACUGCGACAGAAACACAGUCAUAGUAACACUGAAGAAAAACAGCGAGCUUGUGUGUCUGAACCCAGAGGCACCACUGGGCAAACUACUGAUACGCUGCUGGAAUAGGGCCAAAAACUUGGGUCGUGAUGUGAGGUUGUGCCUGAAGAGGAGGAGGAGGAGAGGCCAGCAGCACCCUCGUCAGAGGAAAAGGGGUCACAGCCGGAGGCUCACAUCCUCAAACUAGCCAGAAAAACAAAGCAACACUACUGCAUGGAGUGUCCAUCCGACUUCCUGUCUGACUAUGGGCCUUCACAACAGACUGAUAACCAGACUGCCAGUGACUCUCCUAGAGAACUUCAUGCUAUCAUAUUCUUCUCUACCUAAAUACUACAUAGCACUGAGGUCUGGGUCAUAAAUCAAACUCUGCAGGCCUGCUGCAGAGCGUUUUACUGUGUAAAUAACUGAGAUAAUAGUCAUAACUAUGCCCUGGUGGCUCCUUGUUUCUUAAAUGUUUAUAUACAGAAACAGUUUAGCUUUUAAAAACAGUUUAAUGGUCAACGUCUUAUUUUUUUAUGGUAUGUGAACCCCUGGAAAAGCUAACUUAAGUCGGUUAUUUAUUUUUAUAUGCCUUUUGGUCACUUUCCAGAUAUAGAAGGUUUUUAAUAAAUGCGUCAAUACAGUUGUGUGGCUA